AUGAGCUACGUCACGAACGCCACCGACUGGUUGUCUGAUUCUAUCACUUCCCAGGCCAAAAGCCUCAUCGCUACUUUCUAUGAGCUCGCGGAUUCCAAAGUUGAGGAUGCAGGAGAUCGACUAGCCACCGAGGUAUUCUCGAAUCAAGCAACCUUCAUCAGUCCUAGCGGGACAUUUAAUGGAACUGCAGAAAUAUCAAAAUGCAGAGAGGGUGCAUGGUCUUCAGUGACGUCAAGGAGGCACAGUAUCUCGAAAGGGUUUGCGGCAACCCAACGCAUGGGCACGAGCAGUAAGACUGAACUGGUCUUGCUUGGAUCGGUCCAUAUGGAGUUGGUGAACGGGAAGAGCUUCGACUCGCCGUUUGCUGUUCACAUCAUCAUGGGCUCCUCAACUCAGCGCUUAACCGAGCCUCGUAUCGACUUUCUUGAGGUGUUUUCUGUGAGUGAUCAAUUCUCUGAUAGGCGCUUCAUUGGCCACAUAUUGAUGCAUUUCCCGGUAGGAAAAAUCACCGCCAGCGGCGAUUCUGAGUACGGAAUAGGUAUUCUGGUCAUUGGGAGCUCUGCAGCAGGAGAUUUGAGAUACAUGAUUGAUGUAGCGGGCAGACUGGGUUAA